AUUUUUUUCAAGCAUUUCUGGUCAGGUAUUUACAUGAGUCUAUUGGGAGUAUGAGAUGUCGUUUCCUAAAUGGAGAUAAUCAUUAGCUUACUUAGUUUAAAAGCAAAUUUAUGAACUUUGUUGAAAGUUGGAUUUAUCACCAUCAUGCCUGGAAUGAUUGCCUUCAAAAGAAGAUGGGGAACGGGAAGCGACGAUCUUGUGGUUCCUGGAAUGUUACUAUUCCUCAUGCAUCUUAUAUUAUUUAUUGUGAUAGCAGUAAUCAUUUCAACAUCUCCAGAGCUGGAUAAAUAUGCCUCGUAUGAUUUAAAUGCAUUGAGUACCAGUGUUAUCUACAAUAAGACACUCUACGACCAAGCAGCAUGCGCUCAUGAAAUUAGAGAUUACUCAAUAGGAUACUUGGUACUAGCUGCAGUAGCUGCUAUAAUAGAGAUUUUGCUGACCCUUUAUAGCAUGCAAGGAACUAUUAUGAACCCUGAACCAAGAAAACCAGUGGAAUACUUGAUUUAUAUCAGAAUGGCGUUUGGCGUCAUUGAAAUGGCCUAUAGUAUUCUUACCACUGUACAAAUAUCUCUUCAUUGGAGAAUCUGUGGUGUUCUGAGAGAUUUAUACAAUAUACAAAUCGGAAUUGUGAUUGUCAACAUCAUAGUUUUUCUCAUUGUUGUUCUUGUUGGGUAUUGUGUGUUCGAUCCCGCUGGUGGAAAAUACUACAAGGUAAAGAAUGCUUACAAGGAACGAAUGUCAGCUUCAUACAUAGAACAAAUGAGAAAUGAACUUGAUAGCGUACGACGGCAGACUUGGUUGUCCCGAUUAAGCAAUUGUUUCUGCUGUGUAUCCAAUAACAGUACUAAUAUUAAACAGGUUGCUUUAGAUGAGGUAUCCAUGCUAUUACACAACUUUUUCAAAGAACAUGACUUGGUUAUGUCUGAUAUAAUAGCCGGUCUCACUCUACUUCGUCACAAACAACAAUGCAUUGAAAAUGAUACAACAGUAACUGAAUGCUGGUGUCGCGAACAAGUUAUGAGCAACGAUGAAAAUGAUGUGGAGGAAUUCAUGUGUGGAAGAGCAAUUACACCAGAUACUAAUUUUGUGGAUCUCAGUAAUACGGUGACUAAACAAGAAUGUGAGGACCUGGCGUAUUAUUGUGUUUAUGGUCUAGCUGCAUAUGGACCUCUCUUCUAUUGGGUGGAGAACACUGGAACUGGACUAUGCGGUGUCCUUCAGGAAUGUCUGUGUAGUGAGAAUCCAACCUGUACAUCACGAUGUUGUAUUGGGGCAGAAGUGGCAAGACGAAGAAAAACACUCAUCAAGGGUGAUUCCGGUUGUGGAUGGGCAAUUGCUGGAAUCAAGAAAUCACUUACUGAUCAUGGUGUCAACACAGAAGUAGUUUAUGUAUCAUUUGAAAAUGAUGUAUCAAAACAACCAUUCUUUCUAUCUGUUGAUCAUGAAAAACGAUCAGUGGUUGUUACAGUGAGGGGAACACUAGCAGAAGCGGAUGCCCUCACUGAUCUCGUUGCUUCUUCUGAAUAUCUUGAUACAGAGGAAAAUGAUGGAACUUGGAGAGCACACAAGGGCAUGGUGGAUGGUGCUGAAUAUAUUAAGAAGAAACUUUUGCAAGAAGAAAUGGUUUUGUCUCUCGGUUUUGGUCAUUGUAUUUCCAAGGGGACGAAAGACUAUAAUUUAGUUUUAGUGGGUCAUUCACUUGGUGCCGGUAUUGCCAGUAUUCUUGCCAUUCUACUGCAUCCUAUUUAUCGAAAUUUAAAAUGUUAUGCAUUUUCACCUCCGGGUGGAUUAUUGAGCCAUUCUGCUGUGAUGGCAUCUAAAGAUUAUAUUCAUACUUUAAUAUUUGGUAAAGACAUUGUACCAAGAGCUGGAUUAUCACAAUUAGAAAGUUUAAGAAAUGAAGUUCUUGACUUAUUGAAGCAUACUAAGACGCCAAAAUACCAAAUUAUACUUGGGAACUUGUGCAAUUCUAUUGAACACCGCCAUGGUUUGCUGCGCUCGGAAAGAUUGAAUUCACGAGCUGUAAGAUUAGGUGCCAGGCCUACAAAUUCUGUGAGUGCAAAUACUACAGAAAUGGUCUCAACAGCAACUGAAGAACUUUUUCCACCAGGAAGAAUUUUUCAUCUUGUGUAUUCCAAUGACUGUAUAUCGGAACAGAAUUCCAAGAAGAAGAAAAAGUAUUACAUGAUAUAUGGUGACAAUGUGAAUGACUUCAAUCAAGUUAUAGUAUCACAUCAGAUGAUUUCUCAUCAUUUGCCACAAGAAGUUUUAAGAUGUGUCAGAAAGGCCAUACACAAUUUUCCUACCGAUCGUAUCAACAGAUCAUAUGCACAAUCAGCAACUCUUCCAUAUACUGAAAAUAAAAGUAAUUCUAUGCAAAGCAAUAAAGACAAAAACAGGAACAAGACCAUCCCCGUAGUAGAGCAACCUCACACAUCCUUGAUAAUAGAAUCUCCUGUACAAACUCAUCACCAUCAUGAUGAGGAAGUUGAUGGACAUCAUGAUUCAGAUGUGUCGGAAGACUCAGAUCAUCCGUUUCUGAAUACAAAUCAAAAUAAUGUCAACAUAACUGAUGAGAUUCGGGGUACUCCAUUAUCCACGUCUUCAUCUGCUUCCUCUAUGUCUCAUGAUGCAACAGCACCACUUGCCAGACCUGAAUCUUUUACUUUGUCUUUACCAGGACACUAUGCACGAAGUCCAGUAUCGAAGAAAACGUUUGGACUGUCAUUCCGAAGUCCUGAAAAUGUGAAAGCUGAUGUUGUACCAAAUGCAUGUAAUGAAACUACUGACAAAGAUAGGUUGUUGACUCCAAUACCACAAGCUUCAUCAACUCCUUCCACUUCCACAAAACGUACAACGACAGACACAGCCACAUCAUCGCCAUUCAAUGCUGAAGGUUUUCAGAUUGAAGAGCAAGAUGACAGUAACAUAUCCUGUGAUGACGUGAGUGUUGAUGUACAUGGAACUAAUGCAGUCAGUUAAAUUCUGAUGAUAUUUGUAUGAAUUUUGAAGAAAUGAUAGAUACUGAUUAUCAUACAAAUUCAAGGCUUGUUUUUCGAUGUCUCUCUCUAGUCGUAAUGUGUUUUAUGCAUUUCCUAACAAUGGAUUGUUUUUAAGUACAAAUACUUGACUGAUUUAGUGUUUGUUGGAACUGACUGUAAAGUUGAGAAUUAUUGGAUGUUCAUAAUUCAUUUAUAGUCAAUUUUAUACAAUUUAUCAAAAGUCUUUUAUUUUUCUUAAUAGAAGUGUAAGUGAGUAUUUAAUGUAAAUAUUAUUCAAGGUAUUUGAAAAACAUGGUCAAAUUAGGAAAUAAAAAAAGGAAAUUAGUCUUGGAUAUAAAAAUUGAAAAAUUGUGAAAAUAUUAAGAUAUGAACAUUCAAGUAGUAACUCCUUUAAACAAUAUUUGAAAUUAUCAGCAUAUGUUGAAAUUGUUGGCCAUAUUUUUUCCCAUUUAUCAAUAAUUAAUACUGUAUGUAUCUUGUACUCUGAUAUGACUAAUGUGCACUUGUCUCUUUCUAUUUUCAGUACACUAACGCUGUAUGUAUCAUUUUCAUCAUUUUGUUAUACUACUGUAUUUUAAUAAUCAAACAAUGGUGCCUCUGUUUGAAAUGACAUAUAUAUUCAAGUUUCAGAUUUUAUUUAGAAAGUUUUUUUAUUGAGUUUCAAACGAUCAACGUUUCAAUUUUGUGUCUGCACCACUGAAGUCGACAAACAAAAUUCUGGUCAACAUUUCAAAUUAGUUCAUUGUACAUUCUGUAUCUUCUUAUUAGUUAUUUCAUUCUGACUUAAGACUGCACACAUUCAAUAGAAUGGCUGGCAUUCUAGAUAUUCUGUUUGCAAGUCAUUUUAUUAUUCUGAGAUAUUGGGUAUAUUUUACUAGAUUAAAUUUAUCAUAAACCCAUAACUUUUAAUUUGUAAGCUGUGAAAGUGAAAUACAGGGAAUCAAUUAUUUUUAAUUUUAAUCAAACAAUUUGGUAGCCUCCUUCCUCUAAUCAUGAAUUUAUUCUUGUUAUAUUCAUUGUGCUGCUGCUAAGUCUAAUUAUCAUGAAUUUUUAAUUAAUUUAGAAAGCUUGGUGAAAUUUAUAAAAAUUUAGCGAAGGUUGUUACAUUAUCUUAACAUAAUUUAAUUCUUAAGUAUUUUUUUCCCUGAGACAGAACUUUGAUUGUGUUUGUCACCACAUCUUACAACAAUGUGAUAAAACCCAUUUUUGUCAUGGUUUUCAAACUUGUUGUAACUAAGGUAAAAUGACAACCACAGUAUUCCUGUUAGGAGUCGCAAAUUUUUUCCUUAUUGUCUAGGCCUUGCCUGCAAAGGCAAUAUGCUAUGUGCAUGGCUGCCUUAUGGAUUUCAACAAAAACCAUUUUUGUAAAUAUCAAAUAAAAGAACUUUAAUAUUUUUACAGUGCUGCUAUGCGUACAUUCCUGUCAUUCAUUUUACUUAUCACUGCUAACAAUAUCUUGCUAUCGCUGUAUUAUUGUUUAUAUUCUGAAAUACCGUCACUACUUUGCACUUAUGGAUCAAAAAACGCUUUCUUAUAAAAUCAAUGUACUGUAGAAUCUCUGUUGGAUAACUUUCAUUCAUGCUAUUCUUUUAUAAGCUAACUGCCUCUCAUACUGUAUAAAUUAAUUAUGAAACUAACUUUUUUUGUAUCAUUUUUUCUGCUUGCCGCUGCUCAAGUUUUGUAAUUGGUGCACUCCCAUUUGCCCAGUAAUAUUGAUAUUGACUUCAAACAUAGCUUAUUACCGAUGAGUAUUUCUUGAUUUACAAGUGACACUGACUUUUUUCAUUUCAAUGUUUUAUGACUUUCAAGUUGAAAUAUUGAAUUGUGAAACCAUUGGCAAAUCAUAUUUUUGUUUUUCAGAAGAUUAAAGUCUUAUUGUUACAUUGUUAUAUCGAAUGAAAUGUUACAGGAGAUUAGUAUUUUGAAAAACCGCUCAGUUUUUAAUAUUAAGUUGCGAUUAGAAAAACAGUUUUUUAUGUUUACUAAUUUUCAUAGUUAAUUACAGUAACGGAUAUUUUUUCUAUACCCUUUGAAGUUUUCUCAACUUUUUACAAUCAAUUUUACAAACAAUUAGAUAAUCAGAAGCACUUCCUUUAUAUUAAAACUUGAACCUUAGUCUAUAUCCAUACACAGUAUUAUACAAUAGCAUGGCAAUAUUACAGUUUUGCAAUAUAUAAUUUUAAAAUCUUGAUGAAACCCCAAGCCACUUGCAAUCAAAUCAUGAAUCUGUAUUUUAAUUUUAAGGUAAUUUCCAAAUUGCUGAUUUUGUUAAGAAUACUUGUUUUCUCUUUUUUUGAUGAAUAUUGGGGAAUUGAUAUAAAUUUGAUUCUCAAUGAAACUUAUCAUUGAAAAAUUGAUAAUCAACAUUUAUUUUCAUUAUGAUUUGUGAAUUAUAUUGUUUGAAUUGAAAAAAAAAACUUAACAUUUAUAGAUCCUACUGAAUAAAAUAUAUUGAUUUAUAUUUUUAAUUAAUUGAACUACGUCAAAACACUGAAUUAGCUGAUACCACUGACAAGUUAUUGCCUAAUUGAGCAUUGAGCAAAUGUUCAUUUUCUAUGGUAGGUAACAUACAUGCUCAUAAUUUAGUUUCAAAAAAUUCAGCAUAGUAUUCAUAACAAACCUCUAUAGCGAUUUUAGUUGAAUCGGAAUUUAGAGGUCCAUGUUUUCUCAUUGGUUUACAAGUUUUGAACAUUACUGCGUAUGCCAAGGAUCCCUCUUAUGACCAAAAGUCUUUUUAUUUUGUUGUACGCAAAGAAUAUUUCGUGAUAUCUAAUAUCAGAGUUGUGUCUUGCAUUGGAAAUUACUUGGUUAUAAUAUCUCGUGUUGUUUGUAAUAUGUGUAUUCUAUGUUAUCUUUGAUGUAUACCUUAACAGCGAAACUCAAAUACCCCUCCAUCUCGGAAGUGGGAUUUUGAAUCGUAAACUCCGAUCUGCUCAUCAAAUAUAUUUCAAGCAUAGAUGAAGUUUAGCUCUUCUCGAGGCAAUGGCAUUUUUCCCCUGCUAGUUUUGCAAAGUUUAUUAGUAAAGUGCUUUUCAAGUUUUCACCGAUACGCUGUAACUGCUGAUUAUGUAUUGUAAAUAAAGAAAUGUGGCAUAUAUAUUAAGUAUAUUCCUAAUCAUGUAUGAUAUUUGAUGAAAAAUGUUUCUGUGUAUUUUAUUGAUUGCAUUCUGCUGCUUAUAUUUUGAUUAUCAACUGUUUUGUGGAAUAAAUUGAUAAAACCAAG